AACGUAGUUCUCAUACUUAAGGUUAUUUUGGACAUUUUAAUAAUUUUACCCUAAAGCCUGAUAUCAACAUGUUGGAAACGGCGUUUUUAAUAUUCCUGGUCAUUUUCCUUCUUAUGAAGUAUUUGAUGGCUAGAGACACGGAUGGGACUGUGUUACCAUCCCUACCCCCGGGAUCUCUAGGAUGGCCCGUGAUAGGGGAGACAUUCAAGCUAGCCGUACAGAAGGUUAACUUUUUCCGGGAGAGAAGGAGACUCUACGGAAGAAUAUUUAAGACCCACCUUUUUGGAAACCCUGUCAUUCGCGUUACUGGUAAUAAAAAUGUCCGAGAGAUACUUCAGGGCGAAAACAAAACAGUGAAAUCCAGCUAUCCGUCAUCCAUUCGGACACUCCUUGGACCUAAUGCAUUAAGCAUGUCUGAAGGACUUCUCCACAAAAGUCGCAAGGUUCAGUUAAUGCAGUAUCUGUCGCCGGAGUUUCUCAGGAAACAUCGUUCUGGAUUUGUUGACCUCAUCGAUGACCACAUGCUGAGAUGGAGUUCGGAACCCUCUGUCGACAUUUACUUGGAAAUUAGAGCACUCUUCACCGAAAUGGCGGCAAAAUUCCUAGUCGAUAUUGACAUACUCCUGGAAACCAAUCGUAGAAUCAAAGAGUUGUACCAACAGUUCACCGACAACAUCUUCUCAUUGCCAGUCAACCUACCGGGGUUUGGUUUAUACAAGGGGUUGAGGGCCAAGAAAGAAUUGAAGAAAAUAUUUGCCGCCAUUAUAGAAGAGAAAGGAGGAAAAGUAAGUGAGUUCCCAUCAUUGCUGCAGGCCUACGGUGCCGACCUUGACGAUUACGCGCGCCCCGAUGACGAAAGGCUAUUGGACGCCAUCGUGGAACUGAUGUGGAACGCCAGCGAGACUGUCAGUAGUGGCGCGUUCGCCAUCAUCUACCACCUCACUCGUAACCCAGCAGUGCUACAGAAAGUUCGCGAGGAUAUCGAAAGUCAAGGCAUUGACAACACGUCAGGACCGAGUUAUUUGGAUUCCGUUGUGAAGGAGGCUUUAAGAGUAACGCCCCCUGUUGGAGGAGCUUACCGAAAAAUGAACAAGUCUAUUGUUAUGUAGGGAUACACUCUUCCGAAAAACUGGACAGUGAUCUGCGGCUUCCGUGACACACACGAGAAUGACGUCACACUCUCUGACCCGUUAGAGUUCAACCCCGACAGGUGGCUCCAAGCACCCGAGGGAAAAGACAGGGCGGCAUUCCUCACAUUCGGGGGCGGUCUCCGGAUCUGCCCAGGAAAGAACUACGCAAUGGUUGUACUAAGACUGUUUACACGACAACUCUGUAACAGAUUUGCCUGGAAGUUCCUUACAAAA